CAUAGACUUCCGCUCCGGCGAAGAGGCAAAAACCGGAAGUGACAUAACUCAAAAUGGCGGCGCUCACAUACCUCAUCUUCAAGUGCAAACCGGGUUUGUUGGACCCAGGCCAGCCCUUUCUUCUGGCUUCUCUGAGGUUUGCAUCAAAGAAGUCUGGUGGAUCCACCAAGAACCUCGGAGGAAAGAGCCCCGGCAAGAGAUAUGGUCUCAAGAAACAUGAAGGAAACUUCGUCCAUGCUGGCAACAUCCUGGCAACACAGAGGACUAUGAGGUAUCACCCAGGAGCACAUGUCGGCAUGGGAACCAAUAAGACUCUUUACGCUCUUGAGGACGGUCACGUCCGGUUCACCAAGGAGGUCUACGUCCCACCACCUCGCAGUGAGGAGGCUUGCAAGGUCAUCACCCAACUCCCCGCAGGAGCAUUACUUUACAAAACUUUUAUCAACAUUUUUCCGGUCAAGCAGGAGCCCAAGUUUAAGUUGAUUGGCCUCUUCUAAAACAAAAUAAAGCAAAAAACUAUGGACUUGUCAAAAAAAAAAAAAAAGUACAUAUGUUUCGCUGUUUUUGUAAAAUGUACAAAAUCUUUACAGCUCACGAAAGUUGUACAAUUGGAAGUUUCAACUAAAAUUUUCAGAAAAAGUAAAUAAUAAAAUCAGUGUUUCAUGGAUUGAGUAUCUACCUAUAAACUCCACAAAUGUUUAGCUUCUUUUGGCUUUUUUUGUUUUUGUGUGCGCAAUACCUAUGAAACUGGCGGUGGGCCGUACAUUUGGUAUGUGGACCUUCAGUGGGGCCUAAAUCCACCUUUAAGUACCACCAUCACAUCACAAUCAAUAAUAUUCAAAACCACAAUAUUAAGUUAUGAGAGAGAGGCGUUUGCAUCUUGGGGAUGUCAUGUCUGCCUGGAUGUUGGAAGUAUGACGGUCAAUCACAAUCUCUUUAUUGAAGGAAAAUGGUUACUGGUGACCCCAACCACGGCAGAAUAACAUCAGCAAAAACUAGCUCUUACUUCAAGAAGCAGCCGUCUUCCUCAACCUGUAUGCGCUCUCACAGACACACACACACACACACACACAUGCAAGACACACAGCCGGUCAUGUUCACAGAAAUCACGAAUACGAAACAUAACUGCCAUGUCACUACAAAAGUAGGGUUACAGUUACUUCAUUGUUAAGGUGAAACAGAUAAUGAAGUAACUGUAACUCUACUUUUGGCCCACCCUGUAUUAAAAGCAAGAAACCCAGUUAACCCUUUUUCUUCAACUACAUCAUCACUGACAUUUCUGCUCAUAACUUGGAGCAUUAUAUAACUUCCACCUGUGAUUGCCAGUGCCUGUAAAUUUGGCUCUUGGCCAAAUGUAGGAGCGUGAAGUAACAGCUCAGCGAUCAAGGGUUCAGACAACACAAAACAUACACGACAAUACACAUCAUCUGUACUAGACUAAUGUAAUAAAAUCAAUAUUCAUGUAAUAACAUGACAAAAACAUGAAACUUUGAAAUAAAACAUUGUGGGCGUAACUUGGCUUGUUGAAA